AAUGGGAGCCGCUUGGCUGCUACGCUGACACAAGAGACCGAGCAAUGCCCCACUACUUCAAAACAGUCGUUUCUGACGACUACAAACACAUUUUCGAUGAAUGCAGCAAAGAAGCAGAAAAGCGUGGGUAUGAUUACUUUGGUGUUCAAUACUGGAAAGAGUGCUGGGGAUCCAACGACGCAUACAAGACGUAUGACAAACACGGUUGCAAAGAUAAUUGCAAAGUGAAAGGAGAUUAUGGUAUAGGAACACACUGGUCUAACUUUAUGUAUCAUUUGAAAAGUGAAUGGACUGCAUGCCAUUACAAAGAAUGUGGUGAAGGAGAAAAGCUGCAACUCGUUCUUUCAAAAGACACUCGUCCAGGUUGUCCAUCGUACAACGUCAAACUGAAGACAACUAAUGUGAAGCAAAAGUGUCCAGCCAAGAAACCUUGUCCAGUUGAUGGGGGCUGGACCGACUUCUCUGCCUGGUCAACUUGCACCAAGAAGUGCGGUGGCGGAACACAAACACGAAGUCGUACUUGUACGAACCCAAAACCUGCACAUGGUGGCAAGAACUGUGUUGGAUCAGAUAAAGAGACAAGAAAAUGCAACGAAAAACCAUGUUCGGUUGAUGGAGGCUGGACCGACUUCUCUGCCUGGUCAGCUUGCAGCACGAAAUGCGGUGGUGGAACACAAACACGAACUCGUACUUGUACUAACCCAAAACCUGCUCACGGUGGCAAGAACUGUGUUGGAUCAGAUAAAGAGACAAGAAAAUGCAACGGAAAGCCAUGUCCAGUUGAUGGAGGAUGGAGCGACUUCUCUUCCUGGUCAUCUUGCAGCAAGAARUGCGGUGGUGGAAUACAGACACGAACUCGAACAUGUACCAACCCCAAACCUGAUMACGGAGGAAAGAAUUGUGUUGGAUCAGAUAAAGAGACAARAAAAUGCAAUACUGACAAAUGCAAACCAGAGCCUUGCAGUAUCGAUGACAUUGUCCAGUAUGUCCUGGACGCUCUACCAAAGGGAAGCGUGGAAGUAAACAAUCACCUUAUUGGAGCUCUGUAUCAAGUUAUCAAAAGUAUGGGAGCUGCGAAAGGAAUCCCAAGGAAUGUAAAAGUAAACAAGGAGGAAUUGAUCAAAAGGAUUGAGAAUGCUAUGAACCAUAAGGGAUAUAUUUACGCGMGAACAAUGCUCGGGUUCAUUCUUGAAAAAGAAGAAGACUGUCACGGCACUGGAGAUAAGAUUAUCAAGCAAAUCAAAGACAAACUUGGAGAGGAUAAAUUUAAGGACUUCCUUGCUGUGGAUGGAGAUGUAUCACUUGUAUUUACUAUCGACACUACUGGAAGUAUGAAAGACGAAAUUAACGCUGCCAAAGCCAUUGCCAUAUCCAUUGCAAAGUAUAAGAGGAAAGGAAAAGUAGAUUACAUYCUUUCCCCCUACAACGAUCCAGGUUCCGGACCUGUUAGCAAAUUCAAUUACGAAAAACGUGCUGGCUUUGAAAGGGCAAUUCAAGGUCUCUCAGCAAGAGGUGGAGGAGAUUGCCCAGAAUUGGCGUUCAAUGGAAUCAUUAAUGCUAUUAAGGUUGGGGAACCACUUCCAGGCUCCCCAAUGUACGUCUUCACCGAUGCUCCUCCAAAAACAAGAGGCGAAUACAACAGAGAUAACGCCAUUGGUUACGCGCUUGAUUACAUGAUGCCAGUGAACUUUUUCUUCAGCACCCGAGGAUGUGGAAAUCCUUCAGCUAGCACUGAUUACCAAGCCAUCAUGGAAGACACUGGUGGAUUGAGUCUCUUCUUUUCCGAUUCCUCAGCCAUUGGCAGUGCUGAUGUGAUUGUAGCAGCAGACCUAGACGGCUCAACCAUCAUCGCUUCUGGUGGAAGUUCGAAAAAAAGACGAGGUCGAAGACAUCUUUCCAGUCUUUGGGCGCGCAGCUCGAAGAAUGUUCCGUUUCCUGUCGAUAGUAGCGUUGCAAAGUUGAUAAUCUCCAUAUCAGCCAGUUCAAACUGGAAAAGCGUUAAAGUCCUUGACAGCGCCGGGAAAGACGUGGCUCAUACCAUGAACAUGAACAAUGGGAAAUUAUGGGUUAUUAACAGUCCAAAGAAUGGAAAAUGGUCGCUGAACGUACCCUCAUAUGUUCGUGACCUGUCUUAUCAGAUCAAAGCAAGUGCCAUUUCCAACAUCCAAUUCGACCAGAUGUUUGUAAGGACACUUAAUCCGUCCAAGAUGGUAGUACCAAUACCAAAYCCUCUUAUUGGUGAGAAAGCAAACGUUAAAAUCGUGAUUCCCAACAUUGCACGCCUUAAACCAGAUUCCCUGAAAGCUGAUCUCGUGGACAAACAUGGUGCAUCAAUUAAAUCGUUGUCAGUUAAAGAUGAGAUGAUCUCCUUCGAUACUCCCUCUGAACCCUUUAAAAUCCGUCUGUCGGGGARWACCAGCACUGGACAACAGUUCCAAAGAAUGUCACGUGAAGAGAUAAGGCCACAAGARGCCGUCAUCCGCACUCAGAUCCAUCAGAGCCUCCUGACCAUCAAACGAGGACGAAAAUCAUCCUUCCGMGCAGCUAUUGACUACUCUGGCAAAGGAGAUAAAACCUUCAACGUCAGAGUUUCYGUUACGCCUUCAAAUGUGAAAUGUAGUCGUUGUAGUCUUUCUGUGAAAGCAAGAGCAGGAAAAGUUGGAUACGUGCCCAUCUACCUUACCGCCCCUAGCUCUACUCCAGUUGGUACAGAGGUCAAAGUCCACAUCUUUGCAACCAGUGGUUCAUCAAUCAAGAUGACCUUGCUAGCCCAAGUUAUGGUUGUAUAAGUAGAAAAUCAAUCUUAAUCACAUUCUAUGAUUUGGACAUUGUAUUAAUUACAAGUAGAUAGAUGAUAAAUAAAAGCAGUUCAAAUAUUGAA